CGAUCAAGUCGUGCAUCGCGCACCAUAGCGAGUGAGGUGAUUUACUGUUGGUCUUUAGGUUUUGUUUGUUGUGAAGAGGUGCGACCGGUAAAGACUUUGUACGCAUAUUUUUUGUUGUUGUACGCUUAAGCUGUCAAUUACAAAAAGCGCUUAUGUGUUUACUUGCAAAUUUUUUAAAAGAUAAAAAUUUUGAAAAAAAAAAAUUUAAAAAAAAACGCUUUUCCUCGAUUUUGUACAUGUUGCGUUUCGUUGCACAUUCUAAAUGCUUUUCAGCAUCAAUAUCAGCUUGAGUGUACGCCUUUUUAACAACAAUAACCACGCCGCAUAUGCUUUCAUAGUUAAACUGCGUAUUUGCAUUUGAUUUUUACACGCUUGAGCGACGUUGCGUCGUAACGCUUAAACCAAACAAACGAUCAACGUUGAAAACGAAAGAUAUAUAACUGUUAAACCGUUAAAACUAGUAACCGAAACUCCCUCAACACCGAUGACAAUCUACAAUUUGUACUUGUGAAAAUUUCAAUCGUUCAAGUUUUCAUCCGCGUGUGCAAAACAGUUCGUUGUUGUUGUAGUAGUAGACGUAUUGUACUAACAACACAAAACAAUUAGAAAAUCAUUAACUGAAAUUAAAUUGCAACAGAGGUGACGAGCGGAAACGUGUAGCCGUCAUUGCUACAGCCCUUACCGUUAACGAUUGCUGUGUUAUUUACGUGUAUGUGUAGUGUUAUUUGUUAUUGUACUUACUUGAAGGUGCGAGCAUCCUUGAGGUGUGCACAAGUGACAAGUGAAACAACAGUUACAUAUCAGUAUAUAAAUAUAUACAUACAUACAGUCGACGAAAAAUAUUACAAUAGUAAAUAAAAUCGAUUUUACAGUUUUAAUUUCAUGUGAAAAAUCACUUUAAUCUCUCGUAAAGAUUGCCGUUUAACGCUCUCUGGUAUUUAACUCAAAUUUAAUUGGAUUACUUUGUUGCAUAGUGUACAAGUGUGGCGCCGCAUUGGAUUUCAACAUUAUGGCUGGAACUUAUUUAGGUGCUGUAAUAGUCUUAGCGUGUUGUAUUCUGGGACAAGCGCAACUGGACUACCAGCGCAAGCCAUGGCCAACGUACAGCCUGCAAAAUAUGCCACAAACGAGAUUCACAUGCCACGACAAGAUACUCGGCGGCUACUAUGCCGAUGCGGAGACUCAAUGUCAGAUGUUCCAUGUGUGCGUCAAAGUGUCCGGCGUGGGGGUUCAGGACUUCCGUUUCUUGUGUCCCAAUGGCACUGCCUUCGAUCAGGAAGCACAAAUCUGUGCCGAUUGGGGAGAUGUCGACUGUGAGUCCUCUGUGCUGUAUUAUGGCAGUGACAAUUUUGAUCUAUAUCGUUUAGGUUCCGGCUUUGAGAGCAAACGAGCUCCACUUGCGGAAGAAGAGGAAGCAACAUUCCAUUUACAGCGCGCGGAGAGUGGUGAUAUCCGACGCUCGAAAGAGACGCGUGUAGAUCAAAAGUCACGCCCGGAUCAACCGCCAAAUUAUUCAAAACAUUUUGGCGCUACAUCGCAACGCAACUCUUUUCACAACAACAACGAUAAUAACAAUGAUUAUCAAGCGAAAAAAAUCGAGACGACACCAGCGCGCAGACCCAUUGUUAAUUAUUAUACGCCAACUUCGUCCACAACCACUUCAACCACAACAACAACCACUGAGCGCAAUUACGAUGAGUCGAAACAAGAGUACGAUGACAUCUUCAAAGGUUCGCACAGCUCGCAUUUCUUUGCUAAUCGCAAUGGUGGACGCGAAGACGACUUCAUAGAUCAUCCGGUGAAGACAAAGUACAACGAUUUUACUGACUACAACAAAAAGACGACUGAAAUUUCUACGACGGGCAAAACACGCGCGCAGCCGACACGCCCCAAGCGCAUACAACAAACCAGUACAACAAAAACAACGACAGUUGCAACAACCAGUACUUCACUUGCGACAAAUGCACCGAAAGUCACGAAGAAGGUUACACUGCAAACCUUUUACAACGCCACCAACCCGGACUUCAACCAACAGAAGUCCACCGACGCUUCAUCACCAACAGCGGCAUCCUCUUCCACUACGCGUCCUAGUUACAUUGCCGCAAAUCGUUUCAGUUUCAAUUCGAAUGACUACUAUCAGACACAAGAGAAAAUCGAGCCGACUACUUACAACCCGACGAGCAGCAUUUAUCGCGUAAAGAGCACAACGCCAAAGUAUACCGAGUUGACACGCGAGAACACCGUUAGUACGAGAGGCAGAAGUACGAGUGGUAGCUCGUAUUUGCCAAAAGAGACAACCAAAAGUCAACAUAAGCCCACAGCUUCGGUGCGAAAGGCGCAAAAACUAGAGCGCACCCAACAAAAGCUGGCUGCGCGCAACUCGACAUCCUACGCGAGCGUAAAUGAAUUUGAUGAUUUUGCAAAAAUAAAAUUACAACCACCACAACCCUUCCAGCCGGCACAAGGAACACAAUCAACCCAGUCCACACAACCAUCACAACGUCCGAACCCAACGAACCAGUACCAGGAACCCCAGUUCUACCGCAUACGUGGCUCGACGGUAGACAAAUCGCUGCGACAAGGUAAUCAAGAACCAACACCUUUUAGUGGUGGCCCACAAAAACAGCGCGGCUCGAGCACAACAGCGACUGCAGCCAUUAGUACGACAAGAGCCGCCUCGUCCAACCCUGAGACGCGACCACGUGGUUUUGCCAGCCGGGGCAGCAUCAAUUACAAGGCGACAACGCAGCGUGAGACGGACUAUUAUGCGCCUACUACUAGCACCACUAAGAAAUUCUCUACGCUUGUGCCCAAGACGCAACAGUCCAUUACACCGACAACUUUUAAGCCGACCACCUAUCAAAAACCAUUGGAGAAUUUCUAUUAUCAGACGCAGCUGACGGCACGACCAUCAAGCAAAACGACGAAGCAGCCAAGUACAACAAUUAACACACUGACACCCACCACCGCAAAUCCUUACAAUGAUCCUGAUGAGGACGAUGGUCAGUACCACCCAGAGCUGUAUGAGGUUGAUUUCCCACGAAAUCGUUUCAAUUUGCAACGUUCUUCAACACCAACUACGAAAGUACCUACUACAACCACUACACGUUCCAAUAGUUACAAUACUGACUUCCAGAAUCCGCAAAAACACUUAAAGACUCAACAACAAACCGCAUUCCGUAAGCAACAGCAAGAACAGGCAGACCCCACUGACCUCAGCGAUGAGGAUGAACUCUUCAAGACGGCACAUUCUUUGAAUUUCGGCGCGGCGAGCAUUAAUAAAUUGCGCGCUGAUAUCUUCAAAGCCGAAAAGAACUCACAGCAAUAUAACUCACAAUAUAGUCCGAAACUCGAAACCACCUCUUCGGUGAAACCGAUUACAUCUACUGUUUAUACGACAACAACGCCGACCACAACCUUCAACUACUUCGCCUACUCGACCACACAGCCUACUACCAAACUGCAUGUGUCCAGCACCAGCGCUCCAUCUACAACGGUGAGCCCACCAACGACAGUAACAACGAGACGUCCCACGACCUCCGUCACCACACCUUACAGUGUUUCGGUCUCAACAGCGAAGGUAACUAAAGCACCCAAGAGCAGCAAGUCUUCAGCGAAAAAGGGCAAAAAAGGUAAAGGCGCCUCAAAACGUCCGCCACAUGCCGACGAGGACACCAGCUACGACUAUGCUUACUACGAUACCGAUACGUUGAGCGAGUCACCGCAGGAGUAUCCAGACUAUGAGAUUUCUGAGUUCGUGAAGACACGCAAGAACUAAGCUGGGUGGAAGUCGAAGGAAGAAUUUACAUAAAAAAUCUAUAAUUCAUAGUCGCGCCAUCACAUUGCCUAUAAAUAAACAAUAUAACAGUCCUUCCGAGCGGAUACACAAUUCAUUUCAAUAAUCCAGUGUCGCCAGGCACAACUAGUUAAAAGUUAGAACUACUCCAAAUAUCCUUCAGCAUCCCUGUAGACACGAAGAAACGCGGUGUCUUUUUUAAAACACUGCAGAAGUUGAAGUCGGUGCCAGUGCCAGAGAUUUUAAAUGUCACACAAACUUCGUCAUCCCUGUUUUUGGCCGCAGCGCUUGUCGCUCUACACAUUAAACAGUUAUUAUUUGUUUUUGUUUCCGAUAUCUUAUAUACAUACAUAUACUUAAUUAAUUUUAUUUGCGUGUUUCUAGUUAUUUGCGAAAUAAUUAAGAAAUAAAAAAGAAAAUCGCGUAAAUGCCGCUCUUCAUAGUCGUUAGACAAAUGCUCAACAUUUUUUAUAAUUUUUAUAUGCUUUUUGUCACUCUCCAUUUUCCCCUCUUCUUGUUCUUAUGAAUUCAUGAAUGCGAAACAUUUUUAAUAUAUUUUUUUAUUAUUUGUUUAUUAUUCUAUGUACGACUUUAUUUAUAAUGAAAACCAGUUGAGUUAGAUUACAUAAGUUCGAUAUGGCAAAGUAAUUGUAUGUAAAGGCAAAGUAUGUUUACUUUGUAAGUUUUUGCUGUAAAUAAAUUUUAAUAAAUAUUUAAAUAAAAAAGAU